ACACGUUCACUCGUUCUUGAGGUCCGACGGAUGAAGAGGAUGCAGGCAGGAGGUGAGCAUUAUCUUGGGGAUGAUGAUAAUGCACCUUGCAGUGCUCGGUACAAGGGCGUCCGACGCCGGAAAUGGGGCAAGUGGGUGUCCGAGAUCCGCGAGCCGGGCAAGAAGACGCGCAUCUGGCUCGGGAGCUACGAGUCGCCGGAGAUGGCCGCCGCGGCCUACGACGUGGCGGCGCUGCACCUGAGGGGGCCGGGGGCCGCCCUGAACUUCCCCGAGCUCGCCGAGGUUCUGCCGAAGCCAGCGAGCUCGAGCGCCGAGGCGGUGCAGCUGGCGGCCCAGGAGGCGGCAUUGAGGUUCAGGAGGGCGGAAGGAGGGGCCGGGGGAGCCAGCGGCAGCGGCACGGGCAGUAGGAGCUCGGCGCCGGUGCGAGUGGGGCUGAGCCCGAGCCAAAUCGAGGCCAUCAACGAGGCGCCGCUGGAUUCGCCGAAGAUGUGGAUGGAGAUGGCCGCGGGCGCUGCCGGAGCCGACCCGACGGUGGUUUGGGAGCUCGGCGACAUGGAGCUGGAUGAGUGGGGAAUGCUGCAACACUCCAUCUGGGAUUAGCAAAUGAGCAAAUUCGAUCUAUCAUAUCCUCGAAACAUGGUGUUAUAUUGAAGUGAUGCGGCAAAGCAAGGGAACAACUCUCAAAACUCCACUCAUGUCUCAUCGAUGGAACCGACCCGUUCAUUAUAUGUGCAAGCCAAGGCCGAUUUCAACUAUCACUUGAUAAGAUGGGUUAAGUUGAUGUUGCCAAUUAUGUGAUAUGUUUAUCGCCUAGAUGCUAAUUUGCAAGCUUGUUGUCGCAUCCAGAGGCUGUUUAGAUGGACUUCCAUAGCUGCUUAUUCAUCUCCAAGGAUGACUCUUUGGCUUCCAAGGAAGGUGCACGGAUUUGGAAGAGUUAAAGAUCAAAUUUCCAUGUGAUUAAAUGCAUUUCCAGUUCCUA